AAUUAUUCUAAAUUCACUUGUCUUAUUUACUGCUGUCUUAUAGAUAAAAUGCUAAGAUUAAUAGUCGGUCGAUUGAUUAAUAAUAGACGUUGUCUUCAUCUAAUGACAACCAGAACGGCAAGAGGAAUGUCAACUGGCAUAUCAGAAUACAGAUAUUUUCUUCCCAUACAGACAAGAUUACAUGACAAUGACUUUUAUAACCAUGUCAACAACUCUGUCUACUCUUUCUACAUGGACACUCUCAUCAAUAAUUAUUUGCUAUGGUAUUGUGGAUUUGACAACACAAAGUACAAAAGAUUGAUGGUGCACUCAAGUUUUGAAUUCAAAUCUGAGAUACAAUACCCAGAAAUCCUUCUUGGGGCAUUCAAAGUGGACAAAAUUGGCAAAUCGAGCGUCUCAUAUAGAUGUGCAUUAUACAGCCCCAAACUUGACUACACUCAGGCACUUCCAGAUGGACAUAAAGAUCCAUUUUUUGAUCUUGGUAUCGGGUUCCAUGGGAUUGUUGUCGAUAAAAACUCUUUAAUUUUUGAUAACAUUGUGAAGUAUUAUCACAGAGAACCAUGUAUGUUGGCCAACUUAGUUCAUGUAUUUGUUAAAAAGGAAGAUAAAAGACUGAAAGAGAUGCCAACUAGUGUAAUGAGAGGGAUGUCAAAAUUAUUGGUUGAUCAAGCCAAACUUUAAUUUUCAAAACUCGUACUUUUUUGUUCAAAUAUAUGAUAUGAUGCUACUUUUUAUAACAGAAUAAUUAAUAUUAAGAAUUUUUUCUAGUGGUGCCGGUGUCCCAAAAAUGUAAUGUCUCACAUUGCCACACUCAUCUCUGAGUCAGUUUGAAUAAUUCAGUUGUUCCAACUUGUGUCCCAAAAAUGUAAUGUCUCACUUUGCCACACUCAUCUCUGAGUCAGUUUGAUAAUUCAGUUGUUCCAACUUGUGUCC